CCUCACCAGGAGCAGCUCUGUCGGCAUGGAGUAAGGCAGGAUGAGAGGAGUUGUUCAGGCCACGCUGGAGCUGCAUGGGCCCCCGGGGAGAGCCGCCUCACACUGCAUGCCCAGUGGAUCCCUCGAUUGCUGGAAGUCCAGUUCCCCGAGUCCUGGGACGGGGCUGUACCGUGUUCCUGUGAAGCGCCAUUUCCUAAUGAUCUCUUAUCAUACUAUCAAUGGAAGACCGUGUUUCUGAAGCCAGAGCCAUGACCUGAAGCCCUGAUGACCACUGUCAGGGCCUCUGGGCGGCUGGCCAGUGCACCAUGGAACUUAAGGUAUGGGUGGACGGAGUCCAGAGGAUCGUCUGCGGCGUCACGGAAGUCACGACUUGCCAGGAGGUUGUAAUAGCCUUAGCCCAAGCUAUAGGUCGGACUGGAAGGUACACCCUGAUAGAGAAGUGGCGCGACACUGAGAGGCACUUGGCGCCACACGAGAACCCCAUCGUCUCCUUGAACAAGUGGGGCCAGUAUGCUAGCGACGUGCAGCUCCUCUUGCGCCGGACUGGGCCGUCCCUCAGUGAGAGGCCCACCUCAGACAGUGCGGCCUGGGUCCCCGCGAGGACGCUGGGCCGGCAGAGCCUGCCCCCCUCAGCCAAGCUGAGGCCUCAGGCGGACAAGUCCAUCAAGAGGAGGGAGCCGAGGAGGAAGUCCCUCACCUUCACGGGAGGCGCCAAGGGGCUGAUGGACAUCUUUGGGAAAGGGAAAGAGGCGGAGUUUAGGCAGAAGGUGCUGAGUAGCUGCAGGACAAGCUCGGAGGAGCUGAGGCGGCUGAUCCGGCUGCAGACGGGGAAGCUGCAGGCCAUUGAGAAGCAGCUGGAGUCCAGCGAGGCGGAAAUCCGAUUCUGGGAGCACAAGUUCAGUUCCAGCCUGGAGGAGGAGAUCGUGCGCCUAGAGCAAAGGAUCAAAAGAAACGACGUGGAGAUCGAGGAGGAGGAGUUCUGGGAAAACGAGCUGCAGAUCGAGCAGGAGAACGAGAAGCAGCUGCAGGACCAGCUGGAGGAGAUCCGACAGAAGGUCACGGACUGUGAGCGCAAGCUGCGGGACUACCUGGCGCAGAUCCACGCCAUGGAAAGCGGCCUCGAGGCGGAAAAACUGCAGCGCGAGGUUCAGGAGGCCCAAGUCAACGAGGAGGAGGUGAAAGGCAAGAUUGAAAAGGUCAAGGGGGAAGUGGACCUCCAAGGGCAGCAGAGCCUGCGGCUGGAGAACGGCAUCAGAGCCGUAGAGCGCUCCCUGGGGCAGGCUGCCAAGCGGCUGCAGGACAAGGAACAGGAGUUGGAGCAGCUGACCAAAGAGCUGCGGCAAGUCAACCUCCAGCAGUUCAUCCAGCAGACAGGGACAAAGGUCACGGUGCUGCCGGCCGAGCCCACGGAGAUUGAGGCCUCACAGGCGGACAUCGAGACAGAGGUGCCAUUUCAGUCUGGGUCCCUGAAGCGGCCUGGCUCCUCCCGGCAGCUGCCCAGCAACCUCCGCAUUCUGCAGAGCCCCGUGGCCUCCGGCUUCAACCCUGAGGGCAUCUACGUUUAACUAACGCUGUCUUGGGGCAGGACCAGCAAGGUACCAUGGACAGUGAACUCCUUGAGUUUGUGCCAAUCCAACAGCGUGUCUGUUCAAAGCCGCAUCCUCCCUGCCAGUCACGAGCCACUCGGAGCCACGCCCUGUGCACUGAUGCCGACACGACACAGAGCCUGUUCGCACUCGCAGUAUUGACACGGCGUCCAGCAGCUGGAAUGCAAAGCCUUUGUUCUUAUCUGUAGCAUUUGAGAGCGUUAAGAAAGUAUUAAUCUCUGUUUAUACACGAAUAAACCCUGAGUUAAGAGUAAAGGAGUUAUGUGACUGCUUAGUUUAAUUUAUUCCUUGUACCCGAUUAACGUAUGAAUGUUGCUUUUUUUACUGUUUUAUUAACACAGCCUGUGAUUUGAUUAUGUUAAAUUUCGUGGGAUUCUGAUGUGUGCAUGUGGGCACACUCCGUCCGGGCUUUGUCACAUGCAGGCCUCCUGGGGCGCUCCACCAUGCCGACUGACUCCAGCGGAGCCUGCGCACACGGAAGCCUGUUCCCGCCUUGCUUACGUGAGAUAUUUCAGCUUUCUGGUCCGAGAGGUAACCGUUCCUUCACAGUAUUUCCACAUGGCAUCACAGAAACACCUUUCAGGAGGUAAACCGUUCUCGGACAGUGUUUGCUUGUGACUGUCAGCGGUGUCACUGGCUGCCGUGGGCUUCCUGGGCACUCGGAGAGGUCCUCCCGCCUUACCGCCUCCUCCCUGGGGUCCUCGUGACUGACGGGGUGUGAGAAGGACCUGGGGCCGAGGUGGCGUGCUUUGGGAAUCACAGGCCAGGUGAUGCGUUUCCCUGAGCAGCACGGCCGUGCCAGCAGGGUGAGUGCUGCCCGUGGAUCUGAAGCAUGGACUGUGCAUUUUCUCUAGUCAUAGAGACAAGCAGAGAGCAGUCAGGUAUUUUUUACCAAGGAAAUAAAGUUAAAUUGAGAGUAUUUUUUUAAGUUUGACUCUAUAGGACAUUAGUCUCCGUUUAUAUUUAUAUCAUUUGUGUGUAAAGCCAAAACUGGGUCAGAGCUUCUCUCACGAGCAGCGACUUAACUAUGCUCACCUGCAGUGUGUAGACGGGAGCUGCCGAUGCCGGUGCAGACUGCACGUUCUGAGCAAGCCUGGCACGGUGUAACUGAGACUCAGUUCGCAGCUUCAGGCAGUCCAUGAUCCUGAAGAGAGCGCGCCCUCCGAAGGCGGCGGUGUCCCAGCGCGCCCAGCCCACUUUUAUUUUAAUGACUGUUUGAAGAAGCAGAGACUGCGCCUCUACAGGCCUCCAGUGAAGUUAAGAAUGGUUGUGAAACACGUUCGUGAGAACCGGCCGGCAGCGUUGCCUUCUUACCUCAGCUGAAAUGCUCUGUGGGUCCUCGCUAACCCAGCUCAUCUUGCCACCACUGCUCUGCAGAGGACUUGAGAAGUAAACUAUUCUUUCUGAAAUAACCGACCCCUGUAGACAUUUGCUACAGAUUUGUAAUGAUUGUUUCAUAUCUGUAUAUCUGAAAGUAAUAAUUCAAAGUCAAAGUAAUUUGUAGCCUUUGUGACAAUGAUUCCAUACGCCCGACACAUGCCUUACUCUUAAAGACUCCCGUACUGAGUCGUUCUAUUGUUCAGCUAAAUUGAAACCUUGAUUACAAAGAAAAGCACUGUACAAAUGGAUUGUCUUCCAUUUAAACCAAAAUGCUACCUUCGGGUGAGGUAAGCGCUGUGAGAAGUGAAAGGUGAAGCUGGGCACAGUGGCUCACGCCAUAGUUCCAGCACUCAGGAGGCUGAGGUGGGACAGUAGCCACAAGACCCAGGCCCUCCUCAGCCACAUAGAAAGUCUAGAUCUAGUGUGAGGCCCUGUCUCAAAAAUAGAAAGGGGGGAGGUGCACAGAUUGCUCGGCACACCCGGCAAAGCACAGCGUGCGAGCGAGCGAGCUCGGGUGUGACUGCAGACUUACCUGGGGACUGAAAAGGAGGCCCGUGCCACCAGCUCCCGGCGGCUGCGGCUCCCCAGCAGUGGCACAGUUAAGAUACACCAACCUCAGAACCCCGAGGCUGCCAGCUACUCUCCAGGCCUCUUCCCACACAGAAUCUGUCUCCCUGACAGGUGGGCAGGCGGGAGGGGUGUGGCCAUGUGAGCUCACAAACUAUGCUGUGUCACUAGUCACAGGACCCCGGCAAGCACACUGCUGUCCAGCGUUUUCUAAAUCCUUUUUAGCUAGGGAAGACAACUAAUUUCUAUGGGAGCAUCUGAAAAUAUUUUAAUCUGCUGUCACUAUUUUUACCUAUUGUGACUACAAAUGAAUUGGCUUAAGAACUCUAUGUUUGCCCACAUUUCAGGGGUGUAGGCAAUGGUAUUCAAAAAAUGCCAAAUGUAAAAUUUUGCAUAUGGGAAAAUAUUCAGUUUCUAAAUAAUAAAUAAGAUUAUAAACUUCUGUGUCUUCUAAAUUAGUACUUGCAGGUUAUGUUAUGUGGUUUUUCUACAGGUAAAAUAUAUUGCAAGUUUCUUUUCUUACCAAUGGAUAAUUUGAAUAUCAUUGGUCUGUUUGGCCUCUAGAGCAUCGUCGUUCUCAGAGAAUCACCCACAGUGGGUUACCUCAGUUUUCCGUGUGUGUUUUAUUUUCUCGUUUCCUUUAUCUUUUGGUUGUUAACACUCCUUUUUGGUCUCAGUGAACAUGGGAGUUUUUAUAUGCGGGGCUCCGGUUGGUGUUGAGAGAAGUUGCCGUCUGAAUGCACAGCUCUGAGUGGGCCCCAGCAUGCUGGAGUUGAAAUCAGCCGUGAACCAGGGCUCCCUGCAGGAGGCCUGCACGGUGAAGACACAGGCAGGCGGCAUGCAGUGGCCAUGACACAGCAGCACUGCUCCCGCAGCUGCUCGUAAGAGACACCCAGUCAGGACUUUAAUAGGAUGAGGAAAUGAUGUGGAAAGGACAGACACCUGAUGUCAGGCAUGCGCAGGCAGACGCAGGCAGUGCUGGGCAUCACCGUUGACCGGCCAGGCCUUAAUUUAUGGUAAAUGAUGCUGUGAGUCCUUCUCCAGCGCAAGCCUGUCCUGGUCAGCGGCCGCUGUGGUGAAGCCAGCUCCUAAGUAUUCCUGUUGUGCCGUCAGUGUUUUUAAGUUGCAUGUCUGUGCUGUCUGCUGUGGCUUUAAGUUCCCGGAGAGGCUGCCGCGUCAGGUCACAGCCAUCAGUAUUUAUUCAGUAUUGCUGCUCCGAAUUUCCCCUGCGCUUCGACGCCAGGACAGUGUCCGGGGCGGAGCUGCGGGAAGGAGCACCUUCCUGUGCAUUUUAUAUAUUUUUAGAAACCAAAUGGCUGCAGGUGGCUGUUUAGUAUGCUAUUAAACCAGCAGGACUCUAAAGGCAAUAACCUUAUGCACAUAUAUGGGGGGAGGGGAAGAAUGAACACAGGUUUACAGCCAGACAUGGUAAUAGCCCUUCAAUGUAUUUCUCAGUGUCUCUUCAGUGACCUAGAGGGAUUUGAGUUGCUGCAGCUUUACACAGAAAAUGUCCACACUUGCUGAUCGUGGGCCAUAACUAUGCUUUCAGUACUACUUUGCUGAUGUAUAAAUAAGAAAUCUGUAACGUGUACUAUAUGUAAUUAUUUUCUUUUGACUUUAUUUCAAAAUGUAUAUUUUCUGAUUAUUAUCAUGAGCUAUAAAGCGAAAGAUCAAUAUCUGAUAUUCUCCCAAAUAAUAAAUUUUCAAGAUUCA